AUGAGCCAACCGGCACCGGUCCGCCGCAAUCCCCAGCAACAAAGCGCCACCACAUCUGUCACUUACCCAGUCAGCAAUGCAGCUACCCAAGGAUCAUCACGGGACGCCACUGGCUUUGGCACACAAUCAUCUCAAUACCAAUACCAACACCAAUACAUCCCGCCCAAUGGCAACUUUGAUGUAUCGUUUGCGGGCUCUCAGUUCGCUCAGUAG